GCGUCGCCGGCCGAGCUGAAGUACUGGUACUCGAUGCUGGGCUUCCAGCUGGCACUGAACGGCAGCGAGGAGAAGAUACGCCAGGUGCUGGACGAUCUGCUCGGAGCCUCGCACAACAGCCUCGACCCUUGUCGGACACUGGCCGGCGACGAUGCGGACGACCGGUCGGUGCUCGGUAUCUCGAAGCAGCUGCUGAUGGAGGACGUGCUGAAUCACCUGAAAACGCAAACCAAAUGGCAGCGCAUCUACACCGAGUAUCUGGACCAGCUAAAAUUCCUCAAGGAGCGGGAUGGCGGCCGAGACAAACCACUGAUGGAGUAGUGCAUGGAGUGUAGCCGAGCGUACAAUAAAACUCUAAACUCUAAACGCGCGUCCCCAGCUCGUUAGCUUUAUUUUGAUUUUUGUCGCGGUUUUUUCUUUUCCUGUCAUCGCACCAACGUCAUCCGCUGUGACAGUGGCUGUCAUUAGUGUCACGCUUCCUUGCUGGCCGUACAUUUUUUCUGCUCCAUUCGCAAGCACGUACAUUCAGAAAAACACAACAUGGCUUCGCUGGCAAACAAGGGAUCGACGCUGGUUUCGACGCUGAUGACCCAGGCGCGUCCGAAGUUCAACGUGUUCAUGAAGUACGCCAAGGUGGAGCUGACCCCCCCGAGCCCCGGCGACAUCCCGGCCAUCCGCGACGGUAUCGCGCGCCUCAUCUCGGGCGCUCGCACCGGCGCCUGGAAGAACCUGACGGUCCGCGAGGCCUGGCUCAACACGCUGAUCACGAUGGAGGUGUGCUUCUGGUUCUACGCCGGCGAGUGCAUCGGCAAGCGUCACCUGGUCGGCUACAAGGUCUAAUAACCCGGACGGUGUGAAGGAGCAGAAAGGUGCGUCGUGUGUUUUGUUGCGUCGGGCGAAGGGAACGAGGUAGAACGACAAAAUUUCGGAUAUAGAGCUAUUGUGGAACGAACAUCGUAUUCCUGAAUAAUGAAACCGCAGUAAUACUUAUUACCCCCCGAA